GGCUUGGUGGAUCUCACCUCUUCAAGCCGUGUAAUAUCUGGAUUUCAGCGAAAUACAGCUGAUAACUUGCAUACAGAGCAGUUUUAAAAGGUAGAGCAAAGCAUGACUGAACUUAUAUGACAUUAAGAAGAAUCUUCAAGUUUUUCAUCAAUCCUGGUAACUAAAGAUACAGCAGGAUGGGACAGACACUAUCCGGAUACAUGUUUUCUGUCGCUGAGCUAUAUUUUGGAUGGAGAAUGCGGUCGAUUAUGUCCAAGGUUAGACCUGAAGACAUACGGUUGUAUGAGACGUAUGACUACGAAGGGAUUCCAUUGGCUCUAGAUACCCUGAAGACCACAAUGGAUGAGCUGAAUACGUUUCACAUACGAGACGAUGAUGUCUUCAUCGUUACCUAUCCCAAAGCAGGCACCACGUGGACCCAGGAGAUAACGUCAGCAAUCCUCCAUGACGGUGAUAUUGCACAAGUCAAUAAAAGACACACCAUGCAAAGAGUGCCGUUUAUUGAAAUGACCGUUGGUGGCGCUGUUUAUGAUGACAUCCCCCGGGCCGUUCAAAUGUUACCGAAACUUCCAACGACUUCUCCUCGGUUUAUCAAGUCUCAUCUCCCAGGUCAACUCCUGCCUCCUCAAGUGUGGGAGAAGAAGAUUAAGAUGAUCUACGUCAUCAGGAAUCCUAAAGAUGUAGUGGUGUCUUUGUUUCAUCAUGGAGCGCUGAUGACCCCACCCGGGAAAUUCUCGUUUGAUUUCGUUUUUGACGGGUUCUUGGAUGGAACACUGCCUUAUGGGAAUUGGUGGGAGCACUAUUUGUACUUCUGGGAGAGACGAAACGAGGACCACAUCUUAUUUCUACGAUUCGAAGACAUGAAGAAGGAUCUCCGAGGAACUGUUUUGAAAAUCAGUGAGUUCCUUGGGAAGUCUUUUUCUGAUGAGACCAUUGAUGCCAUAAUGGAUCACUGUAGCUUUCAGAACAUGAAGAAUAACCCCAUGACCAAUCCAGACACAUUGAUUCAAAUCAUUCACGGUGGCAAGAUGCCUGAAGGACAGUCCUUCAUGAGGAAAGGGCAAUCUGGCAGCUGGAAAGCUAAACUGUCUCAAACCCAAAGCGAGGCUCUUGAAGCUCAAGUAAAGGAGGUUUUGGCGGGAACUGGUCUUUCAUUUGACAUGUAAAUAUUAUAGUCUGGUACCCUUCAACUCGAGUAUCUGUGAGCAGAUCGACGUAUCAAUCCCAGUGUUUGCCUGACAUGACGUCCAGGUACUGCACUUUUACUGGGGCGUGUAAUAUUGUGAAUCAUAAUCCAGUGCUGGCCAACUACCUCUUUAUAACAGGAAAGACAGCAAAACAGAGAAAUACAAAGCACAAAGAAAUGAGAUUCAGGACUUCAGAAUGUACUCUUUAUCAGCAGAACCAUCUCAGGAACAUUGUUGUUGGAGAACAGCAAAACAAAGAGACACAAAGCAGAAAUAAGAUUCACCACUUCAAAAUGUACUCAUUAUAAGCAGAGCCUCUUCUUAACAGUGCUCUUUAUAAGCCAACUGUAGUUUGAUUUGCAGCAUGACCAUAAAUUAACUACCGAUAGAUUAUCAAGGAGAGAAUUGAGAUGGUUAUUAAAUUGUUCUGCUAGAAUUUGAUUUUGCACUUAACAACCAUUAUACCUCAAAGGAUCAGGCUCGAAUGAAAGCUCGAAAAAACACUCAAUAUUUUAUAGUAAACGUUUGUGGUAACACCAUUUAAAAUUUGAUGAUAAAAUCUAAAUGAGUUGGGGUGGUUCUGAAAAGAACCGUUGGUUUAAACUCGACGUUUCGAUCAGUAUGCUCUGAUCGGCCUCUGGAGAAAGCUGUCUACCGCAAAACUUUAUUGCAUGUACAUGUAUAUCAUAUUUCCACCAUGCAAGUUUCAAAUCUACUCACUCAAUUUUUUGUUUGACGAAAACAAGUUUGUGAUGUGGAUUAAUAUUGCAGCUGUAGGUUUCACUCGGGUGUAAUGUAUAAUGUUUUGUAUGUAUCUGAUGUAUGUAAUGUACAUUGUAUGAAUAUCGGUCACCUCGUACCCAAGUCAGUUCAAAUAGCACCAGUCAGAGUCGGACAAUUGAGGUACGAACUUGAGCUACGAAGUGACUCUGGGUAUCGA